GCUGAGAUAACACCGGAGGCGCAGACAAGGAAGGGGAGGGGAGGGAGAGGAUCGUACCACUACCACCCUGUUUGUUAAUCGGCAAUCAUAGUCCAGCGCCAAAGAGUAAAGAAGGAGAGAAACCCUCCCCGCCUCCUCCUCCUCCUCGUUCCCUUUAUCCCCCAUUACUCACAGCCCCCCUGACAAGACCCACCACGGGCGGAGCUGAGAGAGGGAGGAGAAGAGUGGAGGCUUCGCGGGGGAGAGAUGCAGCGGCGGCGGGCGCAGACGUGGGCGGGGGUGGGGAAGACGGCGCAGGCGGCGGCGGCGCACGCAGCGCUCUUCUGCUUCACGCUCCUCCUCGCCCUCAGGGUCGACGGCCGCACCGACUCCUCCUGGUGGAUUAUAUUCAUCCCGCUGUGGCUAUUUCAUGGAGUGGCCGCCCGUGGAAGGUUUUCAAUGCCAGCCCCUUCAUUGCCUCAUGGGCGUCAUUGGGCUCCUUGUCAUUCUGUUGUUGCAGCACCAUUGCUAAUCGCCUUCGAGCUGCUACUUUGCAUAUAUCUUGAAAGCUUAAGAGUUAAGAAUCAUCCAGCUGUUGAUAUGAAGAUCGUGUUCCUUCCUCUGCUGACUUUUGAAGUGAUUAUUCUUGUUGACAAUUUUAGAAUGUGUAAAGCUUUAAUGCCAGGGGAUGAAGAAAGCAUGAGCGACGAAGCUAUUUGGGAGACACUUCCUCAUUUCUGGGUCGCAAUCUCUAUGGUGUUUCUUAUAGCUGCGACAACCUUCACACUUCUCAAGUUAUCUGGUGAUGUUGGUGCUUUGGGAUGGUGGGAUUUAUUUAUAAAUUAUGGGAUUGCAGAGUGUUUUGCUUUUCUUGUUUGUACAAGAUGGUUUAAUCCCAUGAUUCAUAGGCCUCCUACUCAUGGGGAGGCUAGCUCAUCAUCAUCAGCUAUUAGAUAUCGUGAUUGGGAGAGUGGUCUUGUCCUCCCAUCACUUGAAGACCAUGAGCAAGAGAGGAUUUGUGGCCUUCCAGACAUAGGAGGUCAUCUCAUGAAAAUACCGCUGGUGGUUUUCCAAGUUUUGCUUUGUAUGCGAUUGGAGGGUACACCACCUAGCGCUCGCUACAUUCCAAUAUUUGCUCUUUUCUCCCCACUAUUUAUUCUACAAGGAGCUGGUGUCCUUUUCUCGAUAGGAAGAUUGGUGGAGAAACUUGUUCUGCUAUUGCGUAAUGGACCAGUUAGUCCGAAUUACCUUACAGUAUCAUCAAAAGUCCGUGAUUGUUUCGCUUUUCUUCAUCACGGGUCAAGGCUUCUUGGUUGGUGGUCUAUUGAUGAAGGGAGCAAGGAAGAGCAAGCUCGGCUGUUUUAUACUGAAUCUAACGGGUACAAUACAUUCUCUGGUUACCCACCUGAGGUAGUAAAGAAAAUGCCCAAGAAGGAUUUAGCAGAAGAGGUAUGCCUUUUACUGUUUUGUGAUUCUAUAAUCAUUUACCACAUUAGAGUUUUAUUCACUACCUGUGAUUAUCAACAAAAGCAACAACUUUCCUACUUGUUCACUUUCAGGUUUGGAGACUCCAGGCAGCGUUGGGAGAGCAAUCUGAAAUCACCAAGUCUACCCAGCAGGAAUAUGAAAGGCUUCAAAAUGAGAAGGUACUUUGUAGGAUUUGCUACGAGGGAGAAAUAUGCAUGGUCAUACUUCCCUGCCGGCACAGAACGUUAUGCAAGUCAUGUGCUGAGAAGUGCAAAAGAUGUCCAAUCUGCCGUAACCCCAUCGAGGAGCGCAUGGCUGUAUAUGAUGUUUAAACCUCGCUAACUAAGCUGAACAUUGCAAAUCUGUACAUGUGGGCUGUGUGAUGUGCAUAUGUGCUCCGAUCACAACUUUAAGCUGAUUGAGGUCUGCACAACUCCAGAAAAGUUCAGCAAUAUGGAGAAAAUAUAUCUUGUCUAACCAAAAGGAAGGAAAAGAUAGCUGCUGAGCAUUUUCGGGUUCCAGUUAUGUAUUAUCAGUCUGUAAGUAUGUCACCUUGGCUCCUUUUUGUGCCUCAUAGAUGUUCCCGUUUGACUUAGGUUGUGUUCACUGUAAAUAAAAAUGUCUCGUUUGUUUUUUGUGCUCCUUGACCUUGAGAAAAAAGAGAGUAAAUGUUAAUGUCUCUGGAAUGGCAUCUCAUGGA